UUGAGUAUUUAAUCAAUCAAAAAUUAUCACUUAUCAAAUUGCAUCAUUAUAAAUUAAAUUAUAAAAGAUUUAUGAGGGUCUCAAAUAUUUCCCUAUUUAAAAGUACUCAGCAAAGUAAAGAAUGCCAUUGAGCUAAACUUGAUUGUGCGUGGCCUUCCUUGUCUCAUAACACACAUCCAUGGCUGACGCACAACAACAAGAACACAUAGUGAUGUUGCCUUUCAUGGCACAUGGUCAUCUCAUACCUUUCUUAGCACUAGCAACUCAAAUCCAUCAAACUACUGGUUUCACCAUCACUAUUGCCACCACUCCUCUCAACAUUCACUACCUCCGCCGCUCCUCCACCACCGCCAACCACCGCCAAAUCCGCCUUGUUGCACUUCCCUUCAACAGCUCUGACCAUGGCUUACCGCCCAACACCGAGAACACUGAGGCCGUGCCUUUGAGCCAACUCAUAACUCUGCUUUAUGCUUCAACUACCCUCGAAGCACCUUGCCAUCAACUACUAGCGGAUAUCACUGCCAAAGAUGGCCGCCCUCCAAUCUGCAUAAUCUCUGACGUUGUCCAUGGAUGGGCUACACGUGUCGCUCAGAAGGUCCAAACCGUCAAUGUCAGUUUCACCACUUGUGGUGCUUAUGGUACUGCAACAUACGUAUCGUUAUGGCAAAACCUCCCUCACCGUCGGUCUCCAGAAACCGAUGAAUAUUUUUCUGUACCGGGUUUUCCUAAUUCAUGCCGCUUUCAUCGUUCUCAGAUUCAUCAGUUUUUGAGAGCAGCCGAUGGUAACGAUUCGUGGUCUCGGUAUUUUCGCCCUCAGAUUGUGCUUUCCUUAGAAUCUUCAUUCGGGUGGCUGUGUAACACGGCGGAGGAAAUCGAACCUCUUGGCUUAGAGGCUCUCAGAAAAGUUACCAAACUUCCUGUUUGGACUAUUGGGCCUCUUCUCCCUCCAACCAUGCUUAAGCUCAACCAUUCUUCUUCUUCAUCAUCUUCUUCUUCUUCUUCCAAUCUAAAGUCAUUAAUAUUAGGUCAACACAGUGGGAAAGAAUGUGAAAUAUCUCCAAAAAAAUGCCUUGAAUGGCUAGACUUGCAUCCACAAGGCUCUGUCCUCUACAUUUCAUUUGGGUCACAGAACACAAUCAGUGCUUCCCAAAUGAUGGAAUUAGCCAAAGGCUUGGAAGAUAGUGGCAAACCUUUCAUUUGGGUUGUAAGGCCUCCAAUCGGUUUCGACCUGAAAGGUGAAUUUAAAGCAGAAUGGUUACCAGAUGGUUUUGAGGAAAGAAUGGUGGAGAGGAAACAAGGUAUGUUAGUGAGGAGUUGGGCACCUCAACUGGAGAUUUUGUGCCAUAAAUCGACCGGGGCGUUUCUCAGUCACUGUGGAUGGAAUUCGGUUAUGGAGAGCUUGAGCCAAGGUGUGCCGAUCAUAGGGUGGCCAUUGGCGGCCGAGCAGGCAUAUAAUGCAAAGAUGAUGGUGGAGGAGAUGGGUGUUUGUGUUGAGAUAACUAGAAGGGGAAUAGAGACUAGCGUUGGGAGAGAGGAAGUGAAGAGUGUUAUUGAUUUGGUGAUGGAAGAGAAUGGGAAAAAGGGAAAAGAGAUGAAGAAAAAUGCAGUUAAGAUUGGAGAGUUAAUAAAAGCAGCACUGAGAGAGGAUGAGAAAGGGCACAAGGGGUCUUCUCUUCAAGCAAUAGAUGAUUUUAUUUCUGCCAUUGUCUCAGCUGCUGAAAGUAGAAGGCAGUGACUUGGUCUUAGGAUGCAUGCAAUAAAUCUAGAACUAUGUUACCAAGACUCGGGUACGAGUAUCGGAUAGAGGUGCAUAUCUAAUUUAAGCAUCUGACCUUUGGAAUAUAUAUUCAAAAUAAAUGAGUACAGAGACUCGGAUAUCUAUAUAUUACAUUACAUAUUAUAUAAUAGAAUAAUAUUAUAUAAUCUUAUUUUUUAUCUCAUGUUCUCUCUUCAAAACAUAAGUGAGUGAAUCUUAUAUAUAGUCAUGAAUGUAAAUCUCAUUGCCUUGUGUUUAGGG